AUCUCAAUGAAUUUUUCAAAAAACUUAAGAGAGAUAGCUUGAAAGCUCGUAUAAUACGUAUAUAUAGUGAUGUUGUUCAAAUUUCAAAUCAUCUCGAAAUUAGAUUAAUUCAAGGAGGUGCACUAUGUAUUAUUGCUAGAAAAUUAGAGAUAAAGAAGGAUGCUAAAGUAACUUUUUAUUAUGGCCACGAUACUUUAAAAUUUAUAAUAUAUUCAAGAGAUAUUCCAUCUGAAUUCAAGGUCAAUGUCGUGCAUCAUCAAUCUUCAACCAUUCAAAAUCAAACUGUAAAAGAAAUGGAUCUAGCUUAUGAUAUCGAUUCUAAUGUUGGCGCAAACCUAACGUUAGUCGGUGACAAAUCUCCAUACUUUGAACAUAUAAGUAAUGUUGAUGAUACAGUUAUUCAACAAGACAACGACUGUCAUAAGUUACUUAGGAUUCAAUUUCAGAUUGCGGUUUCUUUAUUAUAUGAUUCACCAAAUAUUUCUAGUUCAAUUUUUAAAUGGAUUUGUGCGAUGUCGGUAAACUCAAUUAUUGUGAAAGAUUUAUAUAUUCAGUCAAUGACUUUAUUAGUUAACCUUAGCCUCAGGACAAAAGAAAAUAAAACUGAUUCAAAUAUAUUACCAAUUCUUAGUCCUGAAAAGUAUAAAAAUGUCGCAAAAGCACUAAUAAAAUCUGCAGAAGCUUAUGAAGAACAAUAUAAUAAAUUUUGUGAACGAAAUUCUGGUUUGAAAGAAACAGCAGAAAGAAUGUUAAAGCAUUAUAGAGAAACAAAACAUAUCCAAGAUGAACUCUUGGGCUACACUAAAGAUCAAUACGAAUGUAUAUUGAAAGCUGAAAAGUCGUUAAACCAGAGUUUGAUGAAAUAUGACAAGGAAAUUAAAACAGCCGCAAGCACCUUUGAAAGUGGCGUUCAAAAAUGGAAACAUGAUAAAGUAUUAGAAAUAAUGAUACAAGGCACUACAUGCCUUAUCUCAUUAGCUUCUAACUGUGGUACCCCUGUAGAUUAUGUAAAGUCAAUAAACGUUACUGUAGACGAAAUAAUGAUGCUAAAUGAGUCGUUAGAUAAUAUAAAGAUUUUAAUUGAGAGUUUGAAGAACAGCAAUGAGAUUUCCGAAAAUUAUGAAACCUUUAAAAAAACUGUGCUUAGCAUCAAUGACGAUAAACCUUAUAAAAUCAAACCAAAUGCUAUUUGGGAUGAAUUCCUAGUUAAUAUUGAAGGCUUGCUUGAAACGUCAGUUGAGCUAAAAGUUGCUGGAGCAAAACAGUUUUUAAUUGCAUUCAAGCAAUUUGCACUUCACGGAAAAGCCUAUACAGAAAGCAAAAUUGAAGCUAUCUAUGCUCUGCAAAAUCUUACGUAUUUGCAAAUACAAAAGGCUUAUAUUGAUGCUAAUGAAAAACAACAGCUUGAGCUAAUUAAAAGUUAUGAAUCUAAUAAUUAUCCAAAUAUUGAGUUGGCACUUCCAUGGUUUGAGAAACUCAUGAGCAUCAAAUGCUGGAUCGUCGUUAUUCUUCAAAAUUAUAUUUGGGCAUAUAAAAAUGAUCAAGCAACUAUAGAGCAUGAAUUGGCAGACGCUUUAACUAAUAGAUUUAGAAAUCCUCCACAAAAUUUAACCCUUAAAAUAAUUUGGGAUCAACAGGAUGAACUCUGCAAAACAAUUAUAUCAGAACUUAUAGAAAACAAGACUACGACAUUCGAAAUUAAACAAGAUACUAUAAAAGAAUUUAGAGGCCUUGACCGUAUUCGAAUUACUGCAUUUAGAGUAUUUCUUAAAGGAAUCAAACCACAAGAAGUUCAUCUUAAAAUUGUCAAUAAUGGAAUUUAUGAAGACAGAUACGAUGGAGAAAUCUUUAGAUUUAUUUCAGAACCUCUAAUAAGAUUAUUCAGAUAUCACGAUGAUGGAAGAAUAAUAGUGGAUUCCACAUUAGAUGAAAAUUUUAAGAAUAAUUAUUAUGUCCCCACUCCAUUUAGUAAAUGGACGAUAUCUAUUGAAGAUGUUAAUGAACAUCCCUGUGACUUGGAAGGUUUAAUUUCCAUAGAAAUUAAUUUUGAAGGAAGCUUUGUAUACAGCCAAAAAUAA